GUUCAAAUCCGAGGCUGAAUCUUUUUGAUCUUUUUCGAAGCCUUCCUUGUUCUCACCUUCAAUGUUUCCACAUCCCACAUCCUUUCACCUCAUCCUCUCAAGACCUUUUACAUUUUGGCAUCCAUUUUCUCACAGUUGAUUACCUCGAAUUGAUUUGGUUUUCAAUUAAUGAAGAUGGCUCCUAUCGAGGAAGAUUCGCUUCUCCUUCUUCGCCAGUCCAUCGCGUCGGGUGGCUCGAUUUUACCCACCGCGUCUGAUGACCCGUCCGCUCCAGAAGUUCCAUUGUCACAGGCAACACACCUUACCUUCUCAUCUCCUACCCGCAUCUCCAUCCCUAUUGAGACCCAGACUCGAUUCACCUCCAAUGACACGCCUGUCGAUCUCCGAAGUAUUUACCUUGCCUGGAUCAACCGAGAGGUCGCAAUUCCCGAGUACAAUGACGCCGCAUCGCGACUCAACGAGGAGCUUGGAGACAAGGGCCAGGUCCGCAAGUUCGCCUUUGUCGAGCGACUAGAUCUUAUAACCUGGCUGGAGGGCAUUAGCGACGAGAGCGAGUACAUCAAAGCAUUAACCAGCGACAAAGAUGGUUCCGCCUCUGCUGCCGCCGCAGCUACUGCCUCUAAAGGCACAGCAGCUCCUGCGACUGGCGCAAAGCCAGGACGGUCGGGCAAGGGCACUUUGGAUCCCCGACUAGCCGUUAUUUACAACAGCGAACGUAAGAUGGGCGACAGGAACAGCGUGUUGAGGGGUAUCAAGCCUACGGACUUUUCUCAUGUUCGCAAAUUCUCGGCGCUCUUCAUGUCUAAGAAACCACAACAAAUCACAGCGUCAAAGGCUCCUAGCACUACGUUACCAACACAUCUUGGAAAACCACCACGCCGACCCGAUCCUAUCAUCCUUCUCUCACCCUCUGCCUCUUCUCUCCUCCGCAUGUCCAACAUCAAGGCUUUCCUUGAAGACGGCAUAUACGUUCACCCGGACUCGCUGAGCGCUAGCUCCACCAACACUGGUAACAUGCUACAAGUAAACCGACUGAUGAAGGAUAUCGACCCGAACCGGCCCAUGAGAUUUGUCUUGGUUGAAGGACCUGAACAGUUCAAGCCUGAGUACUGGAGCCGCGUAGUGGCCGUCUUCACGACGGGUCAGAGCUGGCAAUUCAAGAAUUAUCGCUGGAGCAACCCUACGGAGUUGUUCCGCCAUGUCCCUGGCCUCUACGUCGGCUGGAAGAAUGAUAAACUACCUGAUUCCGUCCGUAGCUGGGGCCACCGUGUCAAUACUUUCACUAUUGAUCCCGUCAAGCAAUCAGUCUAUAACAACGCUGACACGGGGCGAUGGCGAGACAGAGAGAUUGUGGAGCAUGUUUGGAAGGCAAUCGAGAAUAAUAUGAGGAGCAAGGGCUGGACUAGAGAUCAUGCACCUUCGUCCAUAUGAACAUGAUCUCACAAAGCAUUUCGGGCUUUCCCGUUGGAAAGGUGCUUUGGGCUCUUGAGAAUUCAAGAUGGCGAUGUGUUUAGGUCAGAAAUGAGAUUGGGCGCGGCCCUAUUAGCCACGAUACAUGCUUGAUGUUUGAGAGCAUCCAAAAGCAUAGAAACAUCGUGUGUACUAAUUUGUACUACUAUCGACAUCCAGGGGCACUAUUAUUCUUGUAUGCCAAAAUGGCUACAAAGGUCCCAUGAUACACGAAGGCGUUGAGGGUUUAAGGCUGUGCAGAAAUUUAUAUAAAGGGAUACCCUGCUAAGAUAUAGCAGCCGUCGUAGCAUACCAUCAGCAGACUGUUAAUCAAGAUGAUACCAAGGAUGUACGCGUCCCCACGGCUGCAUAUGUUUUCGUUCGUUGAUAAUGUGU